AAGAAAAAGGAAGCUGGAGAACAGCUAAGAGACCUCACCCAACAGAGAGCAGACCUGGAACAGAGGCAUAAAAGGACUCAACAAGACCAGACAUACAGGGACCUAAUCACGAAAAGAAGACAGCUCACGGAGAUAAUAGGACGCAAGCACGCUAGACAGGUACAACGCUCAAAUGCUUUCUUCUACGUGCAUGCUAAUAAAGGAGGGAAGCUACUCGCCCAAAUGCUAAGAGGCCCGCAGAACAAAGCCCAGGUACACACCCAGCGAACCAGACAAGGCAGACUGAUGCAAUUCCCGGAAGAAAUCGCGGACGAAUUCAGGUCCUUUUACACAAAAUUAUACAACACCACUGAUAUAAAUGGAGACACCGGCACCGCACAGAAACAAACGGAAACAGCGAGAUACCUGCAGAAUUUCAACCCCGACGCCCUCACCCUGGAAGAAGCAGAAACGCUAGACGUACCAGUAACUGAAGAGGAGGUCAAACUAGCUUUGAAGACAGCAAAGAAUGGAAAAGCACCCAGCCCAGACGUUUUUUCCGGUAGAAUACUACAAGAAAUGGCGGCGACGAUUACGGUGAUCCCGUAA